AUGGAUCUACUGCGGAGCCCCUUCAAGGGAGUGGUCGCAGAUGUCCAAGGGAGAGCGCCUUGGUACAAGGACGACUGGCUUGCAGGCCUUCGAGCUGGCUUCGGGAUAUUGGCACCGACCAUGUACAUAUUCUUCGCCUCCGCGCUCCCUGUCAUCGCCUUCGGAGAGCAGCUCAGCAACGAAACAAGUUCUGUCCCCGAGGAGUACCGUGAUUACCCUAACGAAGAACCGUAUCAGUGCAUCGAACCAUCAGAUGGUAUUCUCAGCACGGUUGAAACUUUGGCAUCUACGGCGAUAUGUGGGAUAAUACAUGCGAUUCUUGGCGGGCAGCCAAUGAUGAUCGUUGGAGUGGCAGAACCUACUAUUAUCAUGUACACUUAUCUCUACAACUUUGCCAAGAAGCAGCCGGGUCUGGGAGAACGGCUAUAUUUAGCUUGGGCUGGAUGGGUCUGCAUUUGGACUGCUAUCAUGCUGUUUCUGUUGGCAAUGUUCAAUGCUUCCAAUGUGAUAAGCAGAUUCACGAGGGUUGCAGGAGAACUUUUCGGGAUGUUGAUCACCGUUCUCUUCCUGCAAGAAGCUAUCAAGGGAAUCGUGAGUGAGUUUAGUAUGCCGAAAGAUGCCAAGAUCUCUGACCGCAGUUCGCCCAUAUACCAGUUCCAGUGGAUAUAUGUCAAUGGCCUACUUGGUGUUAUCUUCUCAAUUGGCCUGCUAUACAGUGCACUCAAGACUAGGCGGGCAAGGUCAUGGUUGUAUGGCAUAGGAUGGAUCAGAAGCUUCAUUGCGGAUUAUGGCGUCCCUCUUAUGGUGAUCGCGUGGACGGCAUUUUCGUACGCACUACCGAGCGGUGUCCCUUCAGGAGUGCCUAGGAGGCUCUUCAGCCCACUACCCUGGGAGUCAAGUUCACUGGGGCAUUGGACCGUGGCAAAGGAUUUGCUUUCGGUCCCUCCAGUAUAUAUAUUUGCAGCCAUCGUGCCUGCUUUGAUGGUUGCAGGACUGUACUUCUUCGAUCAUAGUGUGGCUUCACAGUUGGCUCAGCAACAGGAGUUCAAUUUGAAGAAACCUUCUGCCUACCAUUAUGACAUUUUGGUACUUGGAUUCAUGGUCCUAAUAUGCGGUUUGAUUGGCAUUCCUCCAGCAAAUGGAGUACUUCCUCAGUCCCCCAUGCAUACAAGGAGCCUUGCUGUCCUCAAGGGGCAGUUAAUGCGCAAAAAGAUGCUUCGAACUGCCAAAGAGGGCAUGUCGAACCGUGCAAGCAGUUUGGAAAUCUAUGGCAAGAUGCAUGAAGUGUUCAUCGAAAUGGAUAAUAAACAGGAUGCUGAUUCUGUUGACAAGGACUUGAAGAGCUUGAAGGAUGCAGUGCUGCGUGAAGGUGAUGAGGAUGGGAAAUUGGCUGGAGAAUUUGAUCCUAGAAAACAUAUCGAAGCACAUUUGCCCGUUCGAGUGAACGAACAGAGACCAAGCAACCUGCUGCAGUCCUUGCUGGUUGGUGGCUGCGUCGGAGCUAUGCCGGUUAUCAAGAUGAUACCGACUUCGGUCCUCUGGGGUUACUUUGCCUACAUGGCCAUUGAUAGCCUACCAGGGAACCAGUUUUGGGAAAGGAUACAAUUUUUGUGCAUUGGAGCAAGCCGACGCUACAAGGUCUUGGAAGGUCCCCAUGCAUCAUUCGUGGAAUCGGUGUCUCCGAGAACGAUAUAUGUCUUUACGAUCUUCCAGAUUGUGUAUUUCUUGAUAUGCUUCGGCACGACAUGGAUACCGAUAGCUGGGAUUCUCUUCCCGCUGCCUUUCUUCCUCAUGAUUCUCAUCAGGCAGUACCUGCUCCCCAAGUUUUUUGAGCCCAAUGACUUGCGCGAACUGGACGCCGCUGAGUACGAAGAACUUGAAGGGGUCCAACAUGAACACACACUACUGGAGGAAGAUGGCUCGAUCUCAGGAAGCUGCGACGGCAGGAUCGACGCUGAAAUAUUGGAUGAGCUCACAACACACCGCGGAGAACUGAAGCACAGGAUUGUAAGCCAUCGUGAAGAAAGACACCUUCAGGUCCAUUCAAACGCCGUUCAGCCAAGCGUCUGA